AUGACCCUGUCUGGUGGCAACAGUGCCAACGACAUGUCCGGUCAGACAGUGCUCACUGCCGAGGAUGUGGAUAUCGACGUGGUCGGCGAAUGCGAUGAGGGAAUGGAGCGGGACAGCGACUGCGACAGCCAGGGGGGCAUGCACGACCGCUCGGAGGAGGUGGAGGAGAUAGAAGUGAAGGAGAGGUCCGGGAGUCCAUGCGAGAGCGCCGGGGAGGGAGAAACCAAAGCAGACAGCACGGAAAGCGCGUCGGGUUCCAUAAGCAGCAAGCCAAAAAACAGCCUGGUGAAGCCACCCUACUCCUACAUCGCGCUCAUCACCAUGUCUAUACUCCAGAGCCCGCAGAAAAAACUCACACUCAGCGGGAUCUGCGAGUUUAUCAGUAGCCGGUUCCCGUAUUACCGGGAGAAGUUUCCAGCCUGGCAGAACUCCAUCCGCCACAACCUGUCGCUGAACGACUGUUUCGUGAAAAUCCCCCGGGAGCCGGGCAACCCUGGCAAAGGCAACUACUGGACCCUGGACCCACAAUCGGAAGAUAUGUUUGACAACGGCAGCUUCCUCCGGAGGAGGAAACGUUUCAAGAGGCACCAGCCAGAUAUUCUCAGGGACCAGACAGCCCUCAUGAUGCAAAGUUUUGGGGCUUACAGUAUUGGGAAUCCUUACGGACGUCACUAUGGAAUUCACCCAGCCUACACCCAUCCAGCAGGGAUGUACCCGUACAUGCACCCGGUAGGUCCCAUGCUCCCCCCGACUGUCCCUCUUUUGUCCUCCGCUGAGCUGAACAGAAAAGCCUUCAACUCCCAGCUCAGCCCCAGCCUUCAGAUGCAGCUUAACAGCCUUAGCACAGCGUCUAUGAUCAAGUCCGAGCCCUCCCUUAGACCGUCUUUCAGUAUAGAAAACAUCAUCGGGGUAUGCACUUCCUCGAGUGCACAGACUUUCAUGCGGCCUCCGGUGACUGUUCAGUCUGCGUUGUUGAGCGCACAUGGCCUAACCAGGACAACAGCAGCUAUUGCACCGAUUCUUAGCAUGCCAUCUAAUAUCAUGUCGGGACAGUUUUUACCCUCAGUAACGUCAGCAGUGUCCAAAUGGCCUUCUCAAUAA